AUUGUUCCAGGCUACCCUCCGUCACUUGGCCUCCUUGCACCAGCACAACCAGCAAACCACUCAACGAUACACUCUCGCUCUCCGUUUUCUUGCACGACUUUCCUUCCUUCCUUGCGACUCAAUAUUGCUAGCUUUCGGGUUUUUCGAGAAUGGCAGACUCGUCCAGGGUCUUCUCGCUCGAGGGCAGGGGCCUCAAGUUGGAUACCGCGGAGGAUAUCGAACCUUACAUAAAGUCGCUGAGGGAGAACGAUGAUGUGGAGGAGGUGCAUCUGCUAGGGAACACACUGGGUAUUGGGGCUUCGGAGGCACUGGCUAAAGUUCUGGAAACGAAGAAGAAACUAAAGGUCGCAAACCUCGCCGACAUCUUCACCGCACGUCUCCUCUCCGAAAUCCCACCCGCCCUCUCGCACCUCCUGACCUCCCUCCUCACCCUCCCGAACCUCCACACCGUCAACCUCUCCGACAACGCCUUUGGCCUCAACACCCAAGCCCCCCUCGUCGACUUCCUCUCCCAGCAUAUCCCCCUCCGCCACCUCAUCCUCAACAACAACGGCCUCGGCCCCGCCGCCGGCGUCCUCAUCGCGGACGCCCUCACCGCCCUAGCAGAGAAGAAGGAAGCCGCGCGCAGCCAAGGCAAGGAAGUCCCCAACCUCGAGACGGUCAUCUGCGGCCGCAACCGCCUCGAGAACGGCAGCAUGGCCGCCUGGGCCAAGGCGUAUGCCGCACACAGGGGCGUCAAAGAGGUCAAGAUGGUGCAGAACGGCAUCCGUCAGGAGGGAAUCACGCACCUGCUCACCAGUGGCUUGGUGCAUGCUUCGCAGAUCGAGCUACUCGACCUCCAGGACAACACGUUCACGGCCACGGGCGCCACGGCCCUCAGCAAGGUCGUCGGCGGCUGGCCCGAGCUGAAGGAGCUCGGCGUAGGGGACUGUCUGCUCAGCGGUCGCGGAGGCGUGGCCCUCUUCGAAGCGCUGCAGAAGGGCAACAACAAGAAGCUCGAGGUCCUCCGGCUGCAGUACAACGAGAUCAACGCCAAGGGCGUCAAGGGCCUGCACGAUGCGCACACCCAUCUCCCUGCUCUCCGCCGCAUUGAGCUCAAUGGUAACCAGUUCGACGAGGAUGACGAGCAUAUUGAGAAGCUCCGAGCGAUUCUCGAGGAGCGCAAGGAGGCUGCGGACGGGGUGGGUGAGGACGACGAGAAUUACUGGGGUCUCGACGACCUGGACGAUUUGGAGGAGCCGGAGUCGGAGGAAGAGGAGGAGGAGGCUGAGGAAGCGGAAGAGGAAGAAGAAGGUGUAGAGGUCGAGGAGAGGGCUGCUAGGCAACUUGCCAUUGACCAGCAGGCCGAGGAGCAAACCGUGCCACAGGAGAAGGACCAGAAGGUCGACGAUCUGGCGGAUGUGCUGGCGAAGACGGAGAUCAAGUAGGGCUUUUUCUCCACCCAGUGUAGAUUCUUGUAAGCGAGGCGCAGAAGGGUUCCAAGGUUGAGUACGAUGGUUUUUGUGUCGUCACAGUAUGGAUAGGACUUGUGUAUAAUUGGAGGGAUCAGGAGAGAUACCAUAGAUCAAAUGCUUAUACUAGGGGGCUUUGGGGUCUUCUUUCACAGA